UACACAGUGACGAUUACCAAGUGACACCCUGAGGCCCAGCGAACACCCUGGCCAUCUCUUGUGCCUUGGACAUAUUUGGUUUGCAGUUGCUCAUCAUCUGAAUAGGCAGUCUGUUAAAAAAAAUGCUCUUCUUGAUGUAACCAGUGUCAUACGGACAAAAGAAAACCCACAGGAAACUUCUGUUUUGAAAAAGAAAAUGCCAAAGAAAAAGAAAAGUCUUGGCAUAAGCCCCUCGAGGAAGAGCGUAAGCGUGGAAAGGAUUGCGAUUACUGGCUCGGUGCCCUCCCCAGUGGAUGUUGCCAUGUCACAAGCGUCUCACGGGGCCAAUAAAGAAGCGCUCUUCAGCAGCCUGUCAGAAAUGUUUUCUGACUUGGAUCCUGCCGUUGUUUAUAUGGUGCUAUCUGAGUGUGAUUUCAGAGUGGAAGACACAAUGGAUUAUCUAUUAGAAUUGUCCACAGCUGCUAAGCGGGUAACAUCUUCGUCAGAAGUCUCAGGUUUUGAUUCCAUUUCUGCAUUGCUGUAUGCUGAAAAUCAGCCAACAACUGUUGCUAAUGAAGAAGAGGACCAAAGUUCUUCUGAAAUAAAAACUGUAAAGUUGAGUGAAGAAUCAGAGAAGCUUUCGUCAUCCAAAGAAUUGGUUUGUUUUUUACAUAAUUCUUUAGAGAGACAUUAUUUUAAUAGUGAAUGGAAAGAUCUGAAAAUUGACCAAAUCUCAGGUAAUCUUUGCCCAGCUUUGGACAAUAGUAGUUCUAGUGUUAAGAACUUACCUGAGUGUGCAAAGUCCAGUUUGGGUUUUAAUGCUGUAACCCAAACAUCCCAACAAAUGGAAGCAAACUCUGAAAAAAUGGAAAACUUCCUACCUGCAUUAAAUCCUGACUACUAUAAAAUCUCUGAGCCAGUUUUAGGAAAGUUCAGCAUUCGGACAAACGGCCCAUUGGAGGAUGUGGCGAUCUUUGCCCAAGUCCCAGAGAACUGCCGUUUGCCAGAAGUUUUAUCAGACAGCAGUGCAGUUCCAGAAGCCACUACACAAGCCAAUGUGGAAGUGUUUUGUGCUAAUCCAGGUAAAAUACAGAAUGCAGUACUGAACCCCACAGUGAUAACUGGAUCUGAAACGAGUGCUUUUGACCGUUCUAGUUCCCAUGAUACUAAAAAGCAGGAAAAUGUAGCAGUUGUUUGUUAUGAUCCAAAAACUACUGCUGUUCCUGAUCUAUGCCCAAUAUCCAGUUUUAAAUUGGCCCCUCUUGUGAAUGUUGACCAGACUCAGCACGCAUGGAAUUCACGUAUUUCUGUUCUUCAGAAACAUUGUCAGGAGUCUACCUGGAAUCUAAUGGCUCCUGCUUUUUAUCCACAAAGUCAUAGUUUUGUUACUCCAGUUGCUAUCAGCCCAGGUUACUGGAAGCCUGCUUCAAAUUAUAGGACUUUUGGAAAAGUAUCUUCACAGUGCUGGGAUAUCAACUCUUCUUUGGUAAAGACCUCGGGGAAUAAAGAUGGGAGCCAAAUGCAUCAAGUACCUCAGCUUCCUGUUUGUCACAGGAGAAGAAAGACGCCUUUCGCGGGUCUCAUGCUGGUUCUUCUCAGAGGAGUUCCAGGAUCAGGCAAAUCCUAUUUAGCAAGGUCUUUGCUUGAGGAUAAUCCUGGUGGAGUCAUUCUUAGUACAGAUGACUAUUUUUAUAAAAAAACGGGGCAAUAUCAGUUUAAUGCUGAUCAUUUAUCAGAGGCUCACGAAUGGAACUGGAAACGUGCCAAAGAAGAAUUUGAAAAAAGAGUCACUCCUAUAAUAAUAGACAACACAAACAUACAGGCUUGGGAGAUGAAGCCUUAUGUUGCUUUGUCACAGCAAUACAAGUAUAAAGUUAUAUUUUGUGAACCGGAUACUUGGUGGAGGUUUAAACCAAAAGAACUUGAAAGGCGAAAUAUUCAUGGAGUAACUAAAGAAAAGAUCCAAAAAAUGUUGGAACGAUAUGAACGUUGCCUGACUGUUGAUUCAAUUUUGAAUUCUUCAAUGCCAAGUAAAUCAAAAAGUGCAAUCCCUGAGGAAGUUCUUAAUCACAAAAAGGGACAAAGGAAGGAAGAUUCACUGUCUUAUGAAAAAGAGUCUUUUGCUUCGCAUUUAAAAUGCAUGCAGUUCAGUAUGGGUGAGAAGCUUCUGUCAGAGGGAGAGACCCUGGAAAAUCAAAAUCUUCAGAAUGAAGAGAGAGAAAUGGCACAUAAAUUGUUAGAAUGCCAGUCUGUAUGCAGCACCCCUCUGGAUGGCUUGGAUAUUUAUGCAUCGCCACCAAGGAGAGACACAGUGGAGCCAGUUCUUGAUCUGGAAAUAAUGAAAGCUGACCUGCAGAAGUCUGGGGAAAGCACAGGUUCACAAUGCUGCGUCAAAAAUGUUCAGGAGUGCAGUAAGGAGGAGUUAAACGUUCAAGUGGAAGCAAAUCAGUGUAGUGAAAUAGUAUCAGAUACAGAAUUAACUGGGGGAAAAACCAGAACCAAGGAAGAUUCCAGUUUCGAAAGAUCAGAAAGGCCGGAGAUGCUAAAUUUUGUAGGAGAUUGGCCUGUAGAAAAGACUAUGGAGCAGAGGCUGAAAAGAACAAGAAGGUUAGAGAAACUCUCCAUAAAGAAUAAUGAGAAAGAUAAAGAAAUAAAUAUGCCCCCUCUUGACUCAUUAAAAAUUUUAGAUGAUGUAAAACCACAUCUAUUUGAUACUCAUAAGGAGCUGCUAGUUUCUGAAAAGAGGCAAAAAGAGACUCCCCAGCUCUUCGAUGGUGUGUCUUGUGCUGAUUCAGAACUAGGUGCGUCAGGAUUGCUCGUGGCAGGUGACUGGCCGGUCCAAAGCGUUUUAGAGCAAAGGCCUCACAAAAUAAGAACGCCUAAGAAAGAUCUUAGUGAGUCAGAAGAGGUUGUAAGUGGUCAUUAUGAUACCAACAAAAACGUUGUAAACACAUUUCCUGGAACAUUAGAAAGCAGUGAAGGGCUGCAGGUCUCGUCAAAGAGGGAAAGCGUUCAGGAACUUAACAUUUCAGCUCCUGAAAUGGUCAGUGAGAAAAAGCCUUUAAAGAGUAAACGAACACGCAGACAUCAUAAAUUAGCCCUGACGUUUUCCAACAGUUUGGCCCUCAGCAAGCCAGAGGACCAGUCGUCUCCACUUCAUUUGCUGGAAGAGAAGCCGGGUGGGCAGAGCUCAGCAGAGGCAAGCCAGUAUUCACAGACCGAGCCUAGAGAUUUUGCUCUCCUGUGGAGGCUUGAACGAAAAAUGAUUGCCUCUGAAGACACCAAGGUGUUACACGGUAGACUGGAUGGAUUCAUACCCAAAGGUGCUCCAGAUUGUACAGAAAAAAUACCCUAUAAAGUGACCUACGAUAAAAGCACAUCUGUGGAAGAAAGUGAACUUGUUCAUAUUGAUGAAUCAGAGAAUCUAAACAUUUUGUGUAGACUCUUUGGAGCCUUUUCCUUUGAUGCACUGAAGGACCUUUAUGAAAGGUGUAACCGGGACAUUAACUGGACUACAGGAAUCUUGUUAGACUCUGCCGAAAAGCUGUGCAAAGAUGAGGAUCCUGGAUGUUUGCAGGAAAUGAUGGCUCAGCUCCCUGGUAUGACUCUUGACUCUAAGACAAAUGGCAACUUUAGAGAGAGACUUGCAGAGUUUACUAGAACUUCUAGAAUUAUUCAGAACUCAGAAAAUAUGAAUCUGUCACUUAAUGAUGGUGAAAAAAAUCUGGAUAAUUCCAUGUUAAAUGCCAACAUAUCCAACUUAAUAACAAAUGAUUUGUUUGUUUCUUCAGUAAAAAAUAAAAAGGUCAAUUAUAAUGCUCCAAGUGAUCAUGUAAGUGAAUCAGAUAAGGAAAAAUCAGUACUAGGUACUAUGAAAACACAGACAAAAGAGAUGACCCAAACUAUAUCAUCAGAAAAUGAUAAUCAAAAUACUGCUUUGGCUACCGAAACUGAUCUCUGUGUCCCUAGAACUGCACUUGAUUGUUCAAAUGGAGGCCCCGCCCCUUUGAAAAGCACCUCUGAGACAGAAACCGGUAACAGGUCUUCAGAGGAACAUCAGGAAUAUUCAGAAAUAAAAGGUGCCGCUUCUCAGGCGGUGCUGGGCAAUCCAGUACUUCUGAAGGAUUGUGUAAACAGUGAAAGCAAGUCAGAGUCCUACAAAGAAAUGAAUUGCAGGCCUGUGUUUUCAGUUGCAGCAGAGAAGGAAGAAGGCAAAAUGCCUAGCCAAAAUGAAUGUGGAACCAAGUUACCGAACCCAACAUUUGUGUCACAGGCUGUGAAUAUAGAUUGCCUGGAGCUGGUCUUACCUCCUGAACUAGCCAUUCAGUUAAAUGAAAUAUUUGGACCUGUUGGUGUUGAUUCAGAAUUGUUAACUAAAGAAGAUUAUGUAGUUCAUAUUGAUCUGAGUUUGGCCAAAGAAAUUCAUGAAAAAUGGAAAGCAUCUAUCAUGAGGCGGCAAAAGAGAGAAGAAGAAUUGCAUAAGCUGCUUGUUGAUGAUCCUGCACAGUUUGAGAAAUUCUGGCAACAUGAUGUGGACAAUGUCUUUUCUUGGCAUACAAACGAUCAAGUAGAAAAGGCUGGCACCUUGGCCUCUUGCCCACCUACCGAAAGCGUGGCAGCUUCAGAAGUUUUUCCCUUCAUGGAUCACUGGAAUGUCCAAACACAGAAAGUGUCACUCCGGGAAAUAAUGUCUGAAGAAAUAGCUUUACAAGAAAAACAAGAUCUGAAACGUUUUCCCUUCAUGCCUCCGAAAGACUGUGCGGCCGUCCUGAAGGAGAAGCAGCUGCUGAAGACAUUCCCAACCAUUAACCCAAACUUCCUAAUGGACAUCUUUAAGGACUACAAUUACUGUUUGGAACAAACGAUCCAGUUUCUGAACUGUGUCCUGGAGGCAGACCCAGUAAAAACAGUCGUAGCCCAAGAAACCGCUCAGUGUGUCCCUCUGCCUUACAGUGUUUCAAAGAGCCGAGAGAAAAAGGGCAAGAAGUCCAAGGAGCCAGAAGACCUCCUCUCUGACAAGCAAUUCCAAGACUUCAGGUCCCCAGGGUACGAUGACUUCAGGGCAGAAGCUUUUCUUCACCAGAAGAGGUGGCAGGAGUGCCUACAAAAAGCUGGGGAGGCGUACUGCAUGGGGAUGAAGCCUGUAGCAGCAUUUUAUGUGCAACAGGGCCGUCUUCAUGAGCAGAAGAUGAAAGAAGCAAACCAUGAUGCGUCUGUGCAGAUCUUUGAGAAAGUGAAUGCCUCCUUGCUGCCCGAAAACCUUUUGGAUCUACACGGUCUUCAUGUGGAUGAAGCUUUGGACCAUCUGUCCAGAGUACUGCUGGAGAAGACAGAAGAAUACAGCCAGGCUGAUGGUAAACCAUAUCUCUACGUGAUCACUGGAAGGGGAAACCAUAGCCAGGGAGGGGUUGCUCGUAUCAAACCAGCAGUCAUUAAAUACCUCGGAAGCCACAAAUUCAGGUUCACAGAAAUAAAGCCAGGCUGCUUGAAGGUCAUGCUGAAGUGAAAGGAUGUUGUGAAGAGGACGGCAACAGCUUCAAAGUAUUACUGGGGUUACUCUCCUACUCUGUAGAUUUGGAAGAACCAUAUUUUGCUAGAAAUGUUUUCACUCGUUUAACUUAGAUGAUGUGUUCGUCAGCAUAUAUCCCCCUCCCGUCUCCCCCAGAACUUAAUUGAAUUUCUUUGUUUUGUUUUUGUAAAGGGAAGUAUUUUGCUGCUAUGAAGCCUGUGGUUUUUGGAGCACUUUUGUACAAGAAGUGAAUUUUCAAAGGGAAGCUCUGGCCCCUGUCGGGAACACCUUCUUAUUUGGUUAGAGAAUAGCCAUGAGUUUCUCCAGCUCUGUGCUUUUUAAACUCUAUUCCUUGUCUCUGUGUGCAUCUUGAAAGCAAACAAUUCUCUUUGUACAUGUGGAAGAUUAUUUCAACGAAGCCGAAGCUGCCGGAAGUUGGAGAAAAGGUGAUGAGAUGGUUGUCGUAAUAGGGCCUGUUAUUUACAUCCUUAAGAUGCUUAUCCCCAUCCUCAUAGUGGGGCAAAGGAAAUUUUUAAAUUUUUGCUCUUUCACAGCUUCUGCUCUUUGAUUCCUUAAUAUUGAUAGUGAUGCUACAUUGGAGUGACAGGAUACGGGCACCUAACUCAGGCAAGGACCUCUGCCUUUAUCUGUGAUAAAAACCCUGUUCAGUCGGCUGCAGACUUCCAGUGGAAGCCAGGGAUUUUUAAGCAAUCCAGCUAUUGUGACCAUAAUACACCAUUUGCUUCAUUUACCCUGGUCCCAAACUCUACAACUUUGAAUGAAUGAGGACUCAGUGUAAGCAGAUGCUGCCUCAUUCACUUCAGCCUUGGGAUCAGGCCCACCCUAGGAUAUUCCCACACAGCGGCUCUCAGCACUGGAACGGCGCAAGGAAGCCCCUGGUCGCUUGGAGUUCUCUGAUCCCCUACAUGGGUCACCAAAGAAGCCACUGGGUUGGGACAGCUGUCUCAGGCCUGGCCCAAAACCUCCACUUACACUAUACAAAACUUACGUGCUGUACUAGAGAAGACACCAGCCAGUGGGCAGAAAUGAUGCCGAGCAGGUUGCCAGCUCAAGGCGGCUCUUGUGCCACCAACAAACAGCAAUAUUGCUAAGUAGCAGAGCCUCCCUCACCUCAGCACUGCCCUGCUGAAGAGCCUCUUGCCUUCUGAACUUCUGGUCAUGCUGCUAUCAAAGCACAGAAGUCUCACUUAAGUCAGGAAGUGGAAAGGCCAGGAGUAGCACGCUUAUACACAUGCAGUUGCUUCUGGGAAAAUCUCUCUUGUUGCUGUAGCAGCAUAUUUCAUACAGAUUUCUAAAUGUAAUAACAACAACUGCACAUACAUACUGUUAUUCUAGACAGAUUAGUACCCCAGUCAGAGCUGUAAGCAAGGCCAGUAUUGUUAUUAUUCCCACAAUACAGCUGGGGAGCUGGGGCUGAGAGGUGUGGCUUAUCCAAAGCCACUUACUGAGCUCACAGCAGUAGCGGGAUUUGAAUCAGCAGAGUGCUGAUUUGUAGCACAGCCACUUAACCACUAUGCUAUAGCAGUGAAUUUAUUGCUGGAGCUAAAUGGUGAUUAACUUCAGGAUUUUUAAGACACAUUCUGAAAUAGCAAACUGUAUGGUGAUAUUAAUUACAAAAUGGUCAGCCCAAUCCUAAGGCCUGAGUCAGCACCCCCACCCACGCGUUGAUGUAAAAGCGGCACUGCUCCACCACUCCCUGUGGACUUUCGCAGGAGAGCCACAUCGGCACCAGAGCUUGGCAAGGUGAGGCACUGCCACUGCCAAGAGCACCUGCCUGCCAUUCCCCUGACAACCCCGCCCACACCAGCCAAUGGCCAUACUGCUCCCCUGACAGACGGGCAAGGGGUGAGCAGCAGCGUAGCCAAUGGGGAGGCCACGAUCCCCGCUGCCCACCAACACCCCCCCCAUCAGGGAGCAGGCAUCCCUGCCAGCGAGGGCAGAGGUAACACUGAAGAUGCGGAUAGGGCACCCACCCUCUUGCCCAUCCAGCCCCCAUUUCUGAUGAGGGCCAGGCCAGUGGCUGCAGCUCCAUGAACCUGUAAAUCCCUCCGCCGCAAGGAACAGGUUUCCCCUCACAUCCCCCACCUCCUGGCAGCAGCCUCCCCCCUUCCUCUGCAUGCAGCAGUCAUCUGCCUGGCUUGUCAGAUGCCAGCAGCUCUGUCUGUCAGAGAAUGAAAGUCCUAAGUGGUGCCCCCCCACCCUGCCAGACGUUCAUGGGCCACACUUCAAUUCCCACUCCCCACUGCCUGAAGUUACGUUGAGGGUGGGGAAGGGGCAGGUAAGCUGGACGCGCACCACCUGAUAACUGCUCCUUCUGGCAGCAGAGCCCACCCCAUCCAUCCCAGCCCUGAGCCAGGAAACAUUUGCAGGGAUGUGUGAAAAGACGUCCCUACGGGGAGUUGGGAGGUUGAGGUGCAUACUUCCUUGGAAAACUGCUCCCUGGGCUGGACCUGAAUGGCACUUGCAGAGGAUCACCGGGAGCUGGAACAGCCGUGCUCCUUGGUCUCCCUGACAAGUUGCGACCUGCCUGCAAGGGAAAGAGACACAUGUUGGGCAAGGGACCCUGCCUUGUCUGAGCCUCAGCCCAAUCUGCCAGUUUUGGGGAGGGUGUCCAUGGGUGGGAGCGGCUGCAGCCGCGCCAGUAUCACAGGUCUAGCCCGCAGCCAGAUGAUGCAUGAUCCUCUGGUGAGAAAGUGUUGUGCAUCGGAAUGGUCUUAUCCUGUGAAGGAGAAAGUCAAGGGGCUGUCAACCCAACCUGUGGCCACAUUUCCUCCUCUGCCGGGAGGGGCCUUGGCUGAGGGAGUCUGAACAGAGCUCCCAAAUGGGUAGCUGGUGCACCCCCCCCCCCGCCAAUGGCUGCGUCAAGAGCAGUUUCCGUGGCAGGCAGCCACUGCCCCCCCCGGCAAGCCUUACUUGCAGAGGCUGUCGUUUUGAGAGGGUUCAGGUGAGGGAGGCAGCUGGCACAAAUCAGAGAGCCAGGUAGCUGCCUCCCCAGCUCCUUCUUACCUAUCAGUGCUCCCUCACCCCUUCUCGAGUUGGGACUCCAGAGGCAAAUAACCUACAAGGUGACUUGGGUGGUUGUUGUUAGUUAGACAUUCUGGACUUUGUUUUUCUUCCCUUGAGCGAGUGCAAAGUCCUCCCAAUUUUCUGCUAAGUCCCCCCAGUGCCUUCAUGACCCACCGCCAUGAGUACCCACUCUCCCACCUUGCACACGAAGUCCCCAUGGCAGGAGGCUGCCAGGCAGAGCCUCCGGCCGCCGCCCACUUACCUGAGUUUAUGAGCGGCGCAGCUGGAGGUUAUAUAGGGUGCGUGGGGAGGGGGGCUUGCCCACCCCGGAAACAUAUGUGGAUUGGUCCCAGCGGUAGUUGUCAUCCUAUGCCCUGUUUGGGCCGUGUGGGCGGGGCUGGGUGCCAUGAGGGUGGCCCGAGUUUUCCCAUUCGAUAGGCGCCUAUAGGCUACGCCUCCUUUUUUGUGGCGUAACUUGCCGCUGAUGCAGGGGGUGUUCCUGGGCCUGGGGCGACUUUGGAAGAAGACUAACUUGCAGUCCACCUCCUGCCCCAUCCCCUCCAGCACCGGUGCAGGAACUUAUGCCGCACUUCCGCCUCUGCCUGGCCGCCAAGCGUGCCUUCUGGUGGCAACCCGUUGUGGUAGUGCGCCUCAUGCAGGUGCCAGUGGAGAGGAGGUCACGUCCACGUAAGUGCCAUUUUAUGUCCAAGCAAGCCUUAAUUCUCUCCCUGUUCACUUUCCACACCCCAACUUAGGACUGCACAGUUAGAGGGCUGAAUUUUUCCCUUGGUAUUCAGUGUGUCUGCAACAAACUAAGGUAUUGACAUGUUUUAAAAAUAAUUUAUAUUUUCAUCAAGAACAAUUAACAUGCAAUCAACGUAUGCCUUUCUUCUUUCAGCGUUUAAAUGCACGUGCCCUUUGAAAUAGGUUUUUGAUUUUUGGGUUUUUUUAUUUCUUGGCAUUUUCAGAAUAGUUGCAGGUUGCAUGCCAGGAAUUAGAUAAAUGAGAGUAUUUUUUCGUUAGGUUACAGAGAUUUUUGUAACAAGUAUAUUUUCAAACCAAAUGCCUCUUUUACAUAGAAUACAACAAUCAUUGCACAUGUAUAUUGUGCACCCCAUUUCAGAGGUUUGAUACGCAUGUGUACCCAUAAGAACGAGCUGCAAAUCCUUACAACAAUUAUAGGCGAAAGGAACUCGGAACUCAAGACAACGUCACUGUCUACGUUGCCUUAUUCUGUCGCCACCCUGACCCUUCAAGAGAGAUUCACGGGUAUAAACAGGUUUCCUUUGAGUGCAAAAGAUUGCUGACCCGCAUCCAGCCCUUGGGGUGAUGAGUUCUGCAGGUGAUUUAGUGCUUGUCAGUUCUAACAGCAGGGAUCACCUGUCUGGUGGCCUUCUUGUCCAGGCAUCGCCUUUUCUUCCCCUGCUCCUCUCCACCUCCAGCCGCAAGCUACAGGUGAUUAUUUCUGAAGUGAAUAAUUACAUUUCAGAUGGAAGCGAGGAAAGGGCAGAAAGCAAAGUAGAAGAUACCGAGCCAGCUGUACCCUUCUCCUACUUCCCUGGAUCAGGGAGUGGCUUUUCUACAAAUAUAUAGAACAUGCCUAACUGCAGUAAGCGAACUGCAACUUCUUUAAAAGAUACGGAGAAAGUAUUGUAUAAGGAAACUUUUAAUGUGAAAAAGAAAAGAUAAUAGCAUAGAAAUCUGAACUGCCUUUUUGUUUUUUAGAAUUAUGUGGAAAAACAUGUUUUUACUCUAUUUUAAAGUCCCUUGAUAGCUGAGUAUUUUUUAAAAUUUGCAUGCACUGCCAGACACCCAAAGAAACCAAUUCUGUUUCUGUUGCUAUCAGUGGUAAAAGUGAGAUAUUUUCGGACUUUUUCUUCCCUGUUCACUAGAACAUCUCGGUUCUUUAGAGUAUCUAUAGAUUAUCUCUGUUGCUUCAUGUUCAGUUGAGGGAAAGCUGUGAUUCCCCAUCUCCUGUGUAAGCAGCAAAAAUAUACAAAUUUGUGUAAAUCGCACACACACACCCCACCCCACCCCCCAUAAAAAGAGGCAUUCCUGUGGGGAAACCAUUGUUUGAAGGGUCUGAGCUGCCUGUGGAUUUUCUUCUGGGAUGAUGGCGGUGAUCCAUUCCUGUAGGAUUCCUUUGUGCAAACCCCCUCACUUCAGUGAGGCUUGCUCAGGACAGCAGACAGCCAGAGCACCCUCCAGUUCUCCCUUUAAAACUGUAGUAGAUUGUAUUGAAAAAUAACCAUUUCAUUUGACAGUUCUAUACAUUCAUAGAAAAAUAGCCAGAUUUAUUAAAAAAAACUAAAAGUUGUUCUAAAGAUACCAUCUCAUAAUUCUGCUCAGCUUAAUCAGCUGAGUACGAUGGAAAGUCAGAUAUCUUACACUGGGGAAGAAUUAGAAACCUGUUUACCUGAUUUUUAUUAUUAGACUUGUCUCAGAUGAACCUCUUGAGAUCUGAUGAGCGUGUACGAAUUAGUAUCAUUGUUUGUGCGGGCAAACUUAUGCAACUGUUUUUUGAAAAGAGAUGGAAUGUACUCAGGGUACCAGUUUGGGGGAAGUAAAGUGGAGAGAGAAAGUGCCUAGGAAAAUGAUCGAUUUCCCAGGGUCUGUGGGUAGCAGCAUAGAUUACUGGAAAGUUAUUGUAUAAAUAUAACUUGCAUUAAUCUAAGGUGUGCAGUUCAGGUUUCCUAAAACUUUGCCUAACCUUUCUUCCGGAACAGAGGAAUAGACCACAGCACAUUGAAUACUGGAAUACUGCAUAAACUCUGAUCUUUGCUGUGUUCAAACGUCACAGACUAGUUCACACAGUACUUUUCCCCCCUCCACACUUUGCAUGAACUAGUGCAAUAUGUAUAACAGACAACUGCAUAUAUGACUGGCAACAAUUUCCAGUGGUUACCACGGGACGUUUUCUGGCAAUAUAGGUUCACGAAAUUGCACCAGACAUUUAUGAGCUCAGGUUGCACGUUAACAGCUUUCCACGCAAGUGGUUAAGACUAGUCAGGAAUGUUCACAUGGGAAAAAAUCUCACCCGUUCUUUCCAUGUCAUGAGUGGGGGAGGGGUGGUUGUCUCAACUGCCGAACAGGCAGCCGAAAAGAACUCGAGUAUCAACGUAUACAUAUUAAGAUCUAGUAUUGUUGUACCUCCCAUUUUUGUGUGAUAUAAAAAGCAUUAUGGCCAGUACACCAAUGGACUUCUAUUUUGUUUUUUAAAAGAUUUUUUAAAGAAAAAAGGAUAAAGCUAUUCUGUGUUCCUAUAUUUUUUGUAAUAUUUUGUUGUUAACCUGUAGAAUUUUUAUGUGAAGAAUUUCAAAUAAAAUCCAGUUC